GCAUGAGUCGCCACUACGCUGUACUGUGACACAGUCCCCCACACUAAAAUAGAGGAUUUGCAGUCUGCGGCAUACAGCAACAGCCAGUGCAAGAAGCGAGAUGAAGGUGGCCGCAGCAGCACUGCUGUGUAUCCAGAUAGUCACGUGUUCAAGAAUCCUAGCGUUCUUCCCACACGUGGGAAAGAGUCACCAUGAUGUCUAUGCCCCAUACCUGAGGCAUCUUGCGGCACGCGGCCAUGAAAUCAUCGCCGUGAGCCAUUUCCCACAAGAAUACACAUUAACGAACAUCACACAUAUAAGCAUUGAGGGCUCUGUUACCAUGGCGUCCACGGGGGAUAUAUCGUUCAAAAAUGUCGAGUCGGUGGGUUCUAUCGUUAAUGCAAUCAUGCUUUCGUACAUGGCAGACGAUCACUGCAAAUCCAUCCUGCCGCUGCCGCAAGUACAGGAACUAGUUAACCAGAAAUUUGACUUAGUAAUCACCGAACUUUUCAACACAGAUUGCUUCUUGGGACUCUUACACAUCCUCAACGCACCAUUCAUUUACUUCAGUUCAAGCGUCCUGAUGCCAUGGGCUAAUGACAGAAUUGGAAACCCCGAUAAUCCGUCGUAUAUUCCGAAUUUAUUUCGGUCAUAUGGUGAUAAAAUGGCGUUUGAUGAGAGGCUAUUGAACACUGUCGACACUUAUGUUGACAAGUGGAUUGUGUAUCCUCUGUUCUACGAUCUACCAGGAAGAUUAAUUGCCAGUAAGCACCUGCAAGUGACACUGCCAUCUCUGUCGGACAUCGCAGCACGAGGAAGUUUGAUUCUAGUGAACAGCCACUUCAGUCUCAACAAACCAAGACCGCUAGUUCCAGGUGUUGUCGAAGUAGCGGGCAUCCAUAUUGACAGACCUCCUAAUAAAUUGUCCCAGGACAUUGAGGACUACAUUAAUGGAGCGGAACACGGAGUUAUCUACUUCAACAUGGGUUCGAUGAUCCGGUCAGAUACACUUCCAGACGAUAAGCGAGAAGCUUUCGUACAGGCGUUCUCCGAGCUGCCACAGCGAGUUCUCUGGAAGUGGGAAUCCGACGCUAUGCCUGGUCAGCCUAACAACGUCAAGAUCGCAAAGUGGCUCCCGCAAUUUGAUAUUCUGAAUCAUCCAAAUGUACGAGUAUUCCUGGCACACGGUGGGCUGCUGGGUACAAUAGAAGCUGUCCACGUCGGUGUGCCCAUGAUAGGCAUUCCAAUGUACGGGGACCAGGGUACCAACAUGAAGAUGGUAGAGUCUGCGGGUAUGGCUGUGAUCCUGCAGUAUAACGACAUCACCAAGAAAAAUAUUCUGAAGGCAAUCAGGACCAUUCUGGACAAUCCCAGCUAUAAAGAAAAUGCAGAGCGAACGUCAAGGGCAUUCCGUGACAGACCGAUGUCACCCAUGGACACAGCCAUCUACUGGACAGAGUAUGUCAUCAGGCACCGUGGAGCACCACACAUGAGAACAGCUGGGGCCGACCUGCCACUCUACCAGUACUUGCUACUAGAUGUCAUUGCUGCAGUCCUGACGACAAUGCUGAUAGUCAUCUACAUAAUUUACUUUCUGAUCAGGAAACUUCUGUCAGUUAUCCGUGGUAGGGUACAAGCUGCAUCGGAAGAGAAGAAACAACAAUAACAGCCAUUUACUUCUAUUCAUCAGCAUAACUGUGUUAGAUAAGUUUUCAUAAGUCAACUCUGAACCUGAGAUACUUUCACCCUUAUAUUCUCAGUGACUUAAAAUUUGUAAAUGGGUUAAUUCAGACAUCAAAUUGUGCUAAUGUAAAUCAGAAAUUCAAAUUGGAUGUCUCAGCUAUAAUGUGAUAUAGCCAUUUUAUACAACUGUGUGCCAAUGAAACAAAGUCACUUCAGCCGCGAGAAAAUAUUGUGUUUUGUUUAAAGAGGGACCAUAUUUGUUAUGCCUUUUUGCAUGAUACUUUACAUAUAAUUAUCCCCAGCAAAUAAUAUAUUUAAUUGCUCAAUAAAUAAGAUUUGAACAAUUACUC